AUGGCGGACAGACGGAGAGCAGAGAUCGAAGAGAAAAAGGCAAAGCUUGCUGAACUUCGACGAGCGAGGGAUGAACGCAAAGCUCUCUUGGCCUCGGGAGGUACCUCGACCCAGGUCGAGGCCGCCUCGACUUCUCGAAAGGAUGUGAACGAUCUGGUUGAGUCACUACUGGGUAGCUCAUCCAGUACUCGACCAACAUCGCCGUAUCCUCCUCCAGGCCCCUCUCGGGCUCCAUCAGGAUCACAUACACCUUUGCCCUCUGCACAGACCGGCCGAGUGACCCCAACUCCUCCUGUCCCGGAUACGCCGGCGGGACGAUCGAGCAGAUUGAGCAAUGAGGGUAGCACGGUGGACAGGAGGGGCAUGAGUAAUAGCCUCGCCCCUGUAGACAGGGAUCUCUUGCCUUCGCCAUUGUUGCAAGCUGUCGACUAUAUAGAUCACUCGGCAGAGUUGUACGAGCUCCCAGCAAAGACUGCAAGACCCGUUGUGACCUAUUCCAAAGCCGUCCAAACGUCGUCUGUUUCGACCGGCACAUCGACGGACGAAGGAGGGCCGGAUGCCGACACCGCGGAUCACGGCGGCAGUGGAAGGGAAACAGAAGAUGAGAUGAGAAAGCGGAUACUCGAAGGGCUGGAGGAGGAGAGGAAAGCAUUAGAGAAUGAGUUGAGGGAAAUGAAGCGGAAAGAGGAGGACAGGGUGGUGUCUGAUAUGCCACACGAGGAACGGCAAGCAGUCUACUCGAACAGCGACUUUGUCUCAUUCAUAGAGGAGUCGACGAAGAUUGUACAGAGGGCUUUGAGUGACGGCUAUGACUACAUACGAGAUUAUACCAUUGGGAUUGACGGCGCAUUUGACGACGAGAGUCAGAGGGUCAAACGCUUCUGUGCAUUCUCAGACGACAGGUGGACCGUGGGUCGAUCCAUUACAGACAUUGAUUGGUCUCCAAAGUUUCAUGAGCUCGCGGUUGCGUCGUACAACAAAAACCCCUCGGCUGUGAAUGAUCCCGAUGGAAUCGUAGCUGUGUGGAAUUUACACCUUCUCGAACGUCCAGAAUUCAUCUUUCAUGCUCCAUCUGACGUCUUAUCCGUGACAUUUUCCCCCUUCCACCCGACACUUAUCUUUGGCGGUUCUUAUUCCGGCCAGGUACUCCUGUGGGAUACACGAGCCAAACAACAACCAGUACUCAAGACACCGCUAUCUGCUUCUGGCCAUACGUACCCGAUCUACUCGAUGAAGAUUGUCGGCACGCAAAACGCCAACAACCUCAUCUCUAGCAGUACCGAUGGACUCGUCUGCACCUGGCUGGCAGAUAUGCUCGCUCAACCUCAGGAAGCUCUCACCCUCACCGUCCCUUCUCACAACAAGACGGAUGAAGUAUCCAUCACCUGCCUCGAUUUUCCCGACAACGAAACGGCCACAUUCUGGGUCGGAACAGAAGAAGGCUCGGUGUAUCAAGUGCACCGAUACGAUCGAGCCUCGGCGAAAGCGGGUCUCAACUCGGCCCAAGAUGAGAUCUAUCGUGGUCACGCAGGUCCUGUGACGGGUCUGGAUGUUCAUCCCGCCACUGGAUCGAUCGAUUUUUCUGACUUGUUUUUGACCAGCUCGGUCGAUUGGACAGUCAAGCUGUGGCGAGGCAAAGCGGCGGCGGCGGCGACGGCGGCGGCGACGGCGGCGGCGACGGUGGCGAGGACGACGACGACGACGAGUGUGGACAAAGGAGGCAGUCGUGUCUCACCGAUUUCUUCGUUCGAAGCGUCAGACGAUUACGUCUUUGACGUCAAGUGGCAUCCUCAUCAUCCUGCGAUGUUUGCGACGGUCGACGGCGCCGGUAAAUUUGACCUGUGGAAUCUGAACAAGGAUGUCGAGGUCCCGGUGGUAUCCACACAGGUUUGUGAUCAGGCCCUGAACAAACUCGCCUGGGACAGGACAUCAACAUCACGCAAAGCAGCCUUGGGCGGGAGCGACGGCAGAUUAUAUGUCUACGAUGUGGCGGAGAAGCUGGUCGCUCCGCGGGACAGCGAGUGGAUCGACCUACAAAGGACGAUUCAAGGCCUCGUUACGGUCAGAGAUGCGGGAGGCGGCGGGCUCAGUGUCGAAUCGCCGGCAGCUCCCUCAGGUCGUUAUGCGACGAGAUGA